UAUGUGAGUAUGAAAAGAUGAUGAUACAAAAUCUUUGAUUUUCCAGCGAAGGUUGAGGCGGAGGACGAGCAAAAAAACAACGAAGAGAACAAGAAGGAAACGGCUAAAUGCGGAGCUUCUUUGGUAAAGGCCGUACCUCGUCACUUCCCAAACAAAAUGCUUCGUCUGGAAGCUCAGCUUCAGAGAAAGAUUUCAAGCUGAUGAGCGGAUCCAUGGGCAGUCUCAAAAUACCAGAAGCUAUUCCUCCUCCCGACCAAGACUGUCAGAGACUUAAAAAAGCCUUUGAUGGAUUGGGAACAGAUGAGGACGCUGUGGUAUGGAUAUUAGGACACAGGAAUGCUAGCCAAAGGAGGAAAAUCAAAGACACGUACCAACAGCUUUACAAUAAAUCCCUCCUUGAUGAUCUCCACGCUGAACUCGGAGAUUUCAGAAAUGCAGUACUUUUGUGGGCAUAUGAUCCUCCCGAAAGGGACGCUAAGUUGGCGAGAGAUGCACUGAGGACGAAGAAGAAAGGCGUAAAACACCUAAAAGUGUUGUUUGAGAUAGCUUGUGCAUCAUCUCCUAACCACUUGAUGGCCGUGAGACAGGUCUACAGUUCACUGUUUGAUUGUUCGCUUGAGGAGGACAUUGCCUCAACCGUUUCCCUACCCAUCAGAAAGCUUCUCGUGGGUUUAGUGAGCUCGUACAGGUACGACAGGCAGCUGGUGGAUACAGGCAUUGCCAAUUCAGAGGCAUCUAGGUUACACGAAGCCAUCGAAACAAAGCAAUACGAUCAUGAUCAAGUUGUUUGGAUACUCAGCACAAGGAACAUCUUUCAACUAAGAGCAACAUUUGAGUGUUACAAACAGAAGUAUGGACAUUCCAUUGACCAGGACAUUAAGAGCUGCGGCAAUGGUGAUUUCGAAUCCGUGUUGAUUGCGGUGUAUUGGUGCAUAGCAGCACCUGCGAAAUAUUUUGCAGAGGUCAUCAAAGAUUCCAUUGUCGGACUUGGGACGGAUGAAGAUUCUCUGAAUAGAGCCAUUGUCACCCGAGCUGAGAUCGACAUGUUCAAAAUCCGAGAGGAGUAUUCAAAAAUGUCGAAAACCAGCCUUGUCGAUGAUGUUAUAGGCGACACAUCAGGAGACUACAAAAACUUCUUGUUGACCUUGAUUGGAGCAAGAGUCUAAAUUCAUUCUACCAAGAAGCUUAAGACCUCGAUUGAGUUUAUAAUAAAAGUGUUAUGC